AUGACCUCUAUCAAGCGCGUAUCGCCAUUGGACUUGUUGUCAUUGAACUUGACAAACCUUGAUCCUCUGACGGAGAACUAUGACCUCAGCUUCUACCUCGAAUACCUAACUAAAUGGCCAUCACUAUUUAGUGCAGUGAAAGAUCGUGAUGCCGGUAUUACAGGUUACAUUAUGGGCAAGGUCGAAGAACAACACCCCUCUAUGCGCCACUCCGAGCACUACACCCCAUGGCACGGCCAUAUCACAGUGUUGACUGUUGCACCAGCCUGGCGUCGACUUGGCCAAGCGCGCCGAUUGACUGAAAAGCUAGAGCAGGGCUCAGACAACAAUAAAGCAUGGUUCGUUGAUCUCUACGUACGAGCAAGCAACAAAGUAGCGGUGGACAUGUACAAAGGCAUGGGCUACUCGGUUUUCAGGCGAGUAGUCAGCUAUUAUAGCGACGACCCAUCAGGAAUGUCAGAAAGUGGCGAGGAUGCAUUCGAUAUGCGGAAGCCAUGCAGUCGAGACAAAAAGCUGAAAUAUGUUCGGGACAAGGGCGAAGACUUCCUAGUCAGUCCGGCAGACGUAUCCUAG